AUGUAUCCAGAGACCCCCAGUACCAACAUGUAUCCAGAGGCCCCCCCAUACCCAACAUGUAUCCAGAGACCCCCAGUACCAACAUGUAUCCAGAGGUCCCCCAGCCCCAAAAUGUAUCCAGAGACCCCCAGUACCAACAUGUAUCCAGAGGCCCCCCAGACCCAAAAUGUAUCCAGAGACCCCCAGUACCAACAUGUAUCCAGAGACCCCCAGUACCAACAUGUAUCCAGAGGCCCCCCAUACCCAACAUGUAUCCAGAGACCCCCAGUACCAACAUGUAUCCAGAGGUCCCCCAGCCCCAAAAUGUAUCCAGAGACCCCCAGUACCAACAUGUAUCCAGAGGCCCCCCAGACCCAAAAUGUAUCCAGAGACCCCCAGUACCAACAUGUAUCCAGAGACCCCCAGUACCAACAUGUAUCCAGAGGUCCCCCCAUCCCCAAAAUGUAUCCAGAGACCCCAGUACCAACAGGUAUCCAGAGGCCCCCAGACCCAAAAUGUAUCCAGAGACCCCAGCACCAACAUGUAUCCAGAGGCCCCCAGCCCCAAAAUGUAAUCCAGAGACCCCCAGUACCAACAUGUAUCCAGAGGCCCCCCAGACCCAAAAUGUAUCCAGAGACCCCCAGUACCAACAUGUAUCCAGCCCCCCCCACAGACCCAACAUGUAUCCAGAGACCUCCAGUACCAACAUGUAUCCAGAGGCCCCCCAGACCGAACUUGUAUCCAGAGAGCCCCAGUACCAACAUGUAUCCAGAAACCCCAGUACCAGCAUGUAUCCAGAAGCCCCCCAGCCCCAACAUGUAUCCCCAUGCCCAAAAUUAUUCUGAGCACCCGAGCCCCAACAUGUAUCCAGGGCCCCCCCAGACCCAACUUGUAUCCGGAGAGCCCAACAUGUAUCCAGAGACCCCCAGUGCCAACAUGUAUGAAGAGACCCCCAGUACCAACAUGUAUCCAGAAACCCUCAGUACCAGCAUGUAUCCAGAAGCCCCCCAGACUCAACAUGUAUCCACAGGCCCCCCAGACCCAACAUGUAUCCAGAGGCCCCACAGACCCAACUUGUAUCCAGAGAGCCCCAGUACCAACAUGUAUCCAGAGACCCCCAGUACCGACAUGUAACCAGGGGCCCCCCAGACCCA